GGGGGCGAUUGGGCAGAGGAGGAGGAGAAAUACGGAGAGGGAAACAAGAGUGACGCUGGGCGAGGUGGGACAGGAAGAGGGCCUGACAAGCGAGGAAUUUAAAGUCUCAGUGUGGGUCGCGAGACGAGACGAGAGACACGAGACGAGCAUGGACGCCGCGGCCAAGAUGUCAGGAGAGGGGAGUGCAUCAAAUCCAGCUGUGUGUCUUGUUUGCAAAGACGGCUGCUCUGGUUUGCAGCCACAUUCUUGGAGGAAAGCAUGCUUGGCCUGCGGCUGCAGCGUGGUGGACCACGCCCCCGGUAACCACGCGGAUGAUGACCGGCGAAUGGGACGCCUGCUGGCCGACUCGCCCUGCGCCCACCUGACAGCCAAGGUGAAAGGGGGCGGUGGCCUUCUCCUAUACAAGAGGAACCGCAUGAUCGUGACCAAUCCAGUGGUCUCGCGCAAGGACCCCACGUUCAGUACCACCACCUACGAUUGGGCGCCCGCCGGCCUCAACCAGAAACUGGCCAAGAAGUACAUGGAGCUGAUCCCAGAGAGCCAGCGUCCUGUCUCCGGGACCGGGGGGGCAGUGCUGCGUCGCAGGCAUCUCCUUAGCCAGCUUCCCGCCUAUGAUCAGGACCCUAUGGCAUGUCAGAGCCUGGCCAGUGACAAUGAGGUUUCCGCCAUGCUGCUUUUUGUAAAGCGCUACAAAAUGGAGGUACUGGGUGUGGGCGAGGUGGCACUGCCCGGUGACAGCGAAGCCCUGCGGGAGGCGACCAAUCAGAAGGAACCCAAGGAGCAAAACCACGGUGACAAGGUUGCUGCGGACCACCACCGGGAUCACGGCACUGUCGCCCCUGUAGAGCCCCGCAAUGGAACAGAGAACAACACGCAAUACCGUUGCUCCGGUUGCGGCGACAACAUCGGAUCAGACAGCCCGGCGGUUUUUGCCGAGCACGCCGGUUACCACGCUGCCCUGUGGCAUCCCGCCUGUUUCACGUGCGCCGAAUGCGGCCAGGGAUUGGCGGACCUGGUCUACUUCUGGUCCGAUCGGAGGCUGCUGUGCGGACGACACUAUUGCCAAAGCGUCAGGCCACGCUGCUCCGGCUGUGACGAGCUGAUCUUUGGCGAGUCUUUCCACAUGGCACAAGAUGGCCGUGCGUGGCAUCACCAGCAUUAUUGCUGCUGGAGGUGUGGACAAAGCCUGGAUACGCCCUGCCACCACUGACGCACACAUACACACACAGACAGAGUACAGUGGGACCUUGAUUUACACUUGAUGAAAUCUGUUUAUUUCUUGGAUUAUGUUGUUAUAGAUGACAGUGCUAUUUUUCUAGAUCGAACUGGACUGGAUUAAUGGCAUUUCAGUUCAUUUCAAUGGGGAAAGUUGAUUUGGUCAGUCACGGUACCACUGUACACAGAUUUGAAGCAUGUUGCUUAGCCUGAGUGGAGUCUUUCAAGUGUCCAACAGCAUCGUUUGGAGUGCUUAACAGGACUUUUAUUGUGGAGUGGACGCGUUUGGCUGAUUUAUCGCCUCAUAAAUUGCCGGCCAAGUGACGUGAUCCAGAUGUGAACGCUCGCUCGCAAGGCCUUUGGAGAUGUUUGAAUGAGCUCAUAAUUGACAUUCAACUUUGCCAGACUGGACAUCUUUUGACUGUAGUAUUCUUUAUUUUUAUUCUCUCUCUCUCUCUCUCUCUCUCUCUCUCUCUCUCUCUCUCUCUCUCUCUCUCUCUCUCUCUCUCUCUCUCUCUCUCUCUCUCUCUCUCUCUCACACAUGGGGAGACCCACAUUUUAAACAAUGUCACAUUUUCAAAUUUCCCCACACCGUGGCUCGCAAUACACCCUGGCUGCAAAGCAGACGUGGCAUCCAUAAAGAUGAUGUUUACAACGUUCUAAUAUGAAAGCAUUUUAUUUUCAUCUUUGUUUUUUUGUUGUUGUUUGACUUCAUUAGAUUUCAAUCACAAAAUUAAAAUCGAAUUAUCUUUUGACAUUAUUUUCAUAAAUUAUUAUCAUGUCCAACCCGAAAAUAGAUGAAAAAUGUAUAAAAUGAAUUAACUUUAAUAAAUAUGUAUAUAACAUGAUGCAUAUACUGUAUAUGUAAAGGCUUUACACCCUGGUGUUUUUGCAGUUGAGUAAACAAACAUAAAUCUGCUAAUUGGCUCCGAAUUCCAUCUGGUAAAACUGCUGGGAUCUUUUCUUAUUUUGUUGUUCUCAUGAAAAUAAAAACACUUGAAAUGUU